UUUGGUCAGGAGAAGAGGAAAACUCAGGAACCGCCGACUUAAGCUUUUUUUUUUUUUUCUUCUUCAAUCAAUUAUCGUCGAAGAUACUUAUAUAAUGAGUCGUCUCCUUCGAAACUGUUUCUUCUUCGUCAUCGCCGGCUUAGGGUUUUCUUCUCUAUAAGCAUAUAUACCUACUAAUCGUCUUAUCUCCCCUUCUGAUUUAGCUUUUGCUUUCGUUGAAAACCCUUGCCUCAGCGAUCGAUCUGGAAACUUCAUCAGGAACUGUUUUGCCGGCGCCUGUAAAAAUCGAAUAAGACGGUGGCAUUUCUUCUCUGAUUGUGUUUAUUUCUAUCACAAAGAAGAUGAACACACAUGUAUCUAUCUAUCAGGCUCUAAUUCUUACUGUUAGUGUUCUGUAAUGCUUUCGGCGAGACACUAUCUUUAGGACAGCUAGGGAGUUUACAGUUGACUUUUUCUUUCGAGGUUAUAGGUUUAGCGUUGUUAAUAUCUAGAAAUGGAAACCAAGAUCGUCAAGGUGUUGGAUAGUAGGUGUGAAGAUGGAUUCGGGAAGAAGAGGAAGCGCGCAGCAAGCUAUGCUGCAUAUGUUAAUGGAGCAUCGUGUGCAAAGCUGCAACAUGUGCCCCCACCGAACGCUCAGUGCCAAACUCCUGACAAAAGGAGAAAAUUGGAAGGUGAAAACAAGCUUAGUGCUUACGAGAAUCGCUCUGGGAAGUCACUGGUCAGAUACUACUCUUACUUUAAGAAGACGGGAAUCGCAAAGCGUGUUAUGAUCUACGAGAAGGGUGAAUGGAAUGAUUUGCCUGAUCAUGUUAUCUGUGCCAUACGAAAUGAAUUAGCUGAAAAGAGGGCAGCAAUUGAGUUUGAGUCGUGUGGUCAUCAUUUUCUUUUCGACUUCUUGCACAUGCAUAGGCUAGACUUGGAAACUGGGGCAAAAACCCCGCUUGCAUGGAUUGACGUUGGAGGAAAAUGUUUUUUCCCUGAAAUUUACGAGAGUGAUGAGAGGAACGAUUGCUGCCAUCAUAACUGUGUGGAAGAUUCGAAACAAUAUGCUCCGCAUGAGAUCAAGUUACGCCUUGAGAUUGAUGUUAACGGUGCGGAGUCACCUAGGUUGAAUUUGGAGGAGUGCAGUGAUGAAUCCGGUGACAAUAUGGACAAUGUUCCAGCAGAGGAUAGCUCCAGCCGCAAGCUUGAAGCUGCUGUUUCGAAAUGGGAUGAGACCGAUGCUAUGGCAGUAUCUGGUCUCAAGCCUGCUGGAUCUCAAGGACUUGAUAAAGAUUCGGUUAUGAAAAUGUUUGCUAUAGGUACUGCUUCUCUAGGGCACGUAGCGGUGCUGGACGUGGGCCGUUUUUCCAGUGAGAUUGCUGAAGCUCGUCUAGCGCUUUUCCAGAAGCAGGUUGAGAUUACUAAGAAACAUCGAGGGGAUGCAAACGUUAGAUACGCAUGGCUUCCUGCAAAGAGGGAAGUUUUAUCUGCGGUUAUGGUUCAGGGACUUGGAGUUGGUGGUGCGUUUAUUAGAAAGUCUAUCUACGGUGUUGGGAUUCAUUUGACUGCUGCAGACUGCCCUUAUUUCAGUGCUAGGUACUGUGAUAUUGACGAAAACGGAGUACGGUACAUGGUAUUAUGCCGUGUUAUAAUGGGGAACAUGGAGCUUCUUCGUGGUGAUAAAGCUCAGUUUUUUUCUGGUGGAGAAGAGUAUGACAACGGAGUCGAUGAUGUGGAGAAUCCGAAGAAUUACAUUGUCUGGAACAUCAAUAUGAACACUCAUAUAUUCCCGGAAUUUGUCGUUAGGUUCAAGCUGUCUGUUCCCUCCAAUGCUGAAGGUAAUUUGGUUGCUGCUAAGCAUGAUAACUCGGGGGUCACUUUGGAAGGACCCAAGGAUCAUCAUCCUCCACAGUUAGAGUCAAACGGACAAGGAGGAGGUUCAGGGAGCGCAAACAGUGUCGGUUCGAGCACUACAAGACCCAAAUCUCCAUGGAUGCCUUUUCCUACACUGUUUGCAGCAAUCUCACAUAAGAUUGCAGAGAAAGAUAUGUCCCUCAUCAAUGCUGACUACCAACAACUGAGGGAAAAGAAAAUGACUAGAGCCGAGUUUGUGAAGAAACUCAGGGUGAUUGUAGGAGAUGAUCUACUUAGGUCCACCAUUACAGCUCUUCAAAACCAGCCAAAGAUGAAGAAGGAGAUUCCUGGAAGCAUCAGAGACGAUGAAGAUGCAGGUGGGUUUGUAAAGUAAAGUGGGGGAUGGUGAUAUGAUGAUGACGAAUAUCAAAAGGAAACUGCUUUUUAUAUCUACCCGCCUUUGUGGUUCUCCUUUUGACUUUUAUAUAAACCUUUUAUCUAAUUUUUAGUUUUUGGGUCUGGGUCUGGGUUUAAGAGUCUAAUGUGCCGACUAUUCUGUCGAGAUAAAAUCGUACUUUUAUAUUAUAUAAUAUGAUUUACUUAAGACAAUGAUUGUCGUUGGGUCUUUUUAAGCUGGCAAAACCUUGUUGUGCAAGUCGUUGAAUCUUGACCGAAAUUUGGUCGUCGAGUCUAUUGUCAAACUUCUCUUUCUCUUUGUUCUGUUGGCUUAUUUAUUUAUGAUAUGGCAUCUUUUGUGA